AUCGUUUUGUUUCUACGGUAACUGUUUAAAGCAUGUGUAAUUACACGGUUUUUUUUCUUUUUUGCGUAAUAAGUUAUGGUAACGGGGUUCCAAAUAUUUUCAAGAAUGUAUUUGAUUUAGAAUGUCCGAGUGGUUUUUUAUUAAAUGAGAGAAAAACGCACUGUUUAUUACAAAAGACAUCUCAAAUGAAGACAUGUCCAAAAUUAAUUGAUCUUAAUAUUACUUAUUCUUUAAUUCCGAAAACUUCAUUAGUAAAAGUAGAUAACGAACGUAAAUCGAACUGUAAUUAUUCUUGGGAAGAUUUUUUUAAAACUGCCUCUGAAGACAACGACGUUACCGUAAACUUAAUAUUUUCAAAUCUUCAACAACCAUUCGAAUUGUAUUUGGAUGUUACCACUAAACGGCCAAUAAAUGAUAUAGAAAAGAAAAUUCAUUGUUGGGUCUACAAUAAAAACACACCUGUCCAUGUUAGUUUUAUUAAAAAAUAUUCAGAUUCCCUGACAUCAAGAUACCGUGUGGAAAUAAAUGAAAACUUUCAACAAUAUGUAUGUUAUUUCUUGGAUGCCGGUAGAAUACCUUUAAAUUAUACAUCCCGAUUUGCAAGUACAAGUGCUAAUUACAUAUUUAACGCCAAAAUUCAUAGAAUUCCAUACCAAUCUUGUGCAGAACAAUUAAGUAAAGAUUUCAACGUCUAUAGUACGAAUUUAAAAAAUUAUAUAAGGAUUGUUGGAAUGUCUUCAAAAUUGACAAUAAUGGAAGCUCUUCGUGAAUUUAAAAAUAAAAUUCCUUAUGGUAUAUGUAAAGAUAACGUAACUGAUAUAACCAAUAACGAAUUUUGUUUGCCAAUCACAACUCCCGUCAUUGGAAUGAACAAAUUCGUUUAUUGGCCAGUAACUCGAGCUGGACAGGAAGCACUCUCAAACGGUAUUUGUUUUGACACCAAUGGUAAACCGCUUACAAGAGAAUGUAUAAAAUCAAGAAGCACAGCAUUCGGUGAAUGCCAAUGGUCCGAACUGGAACAAAACUGUAGCAAUUCUCAUUCACCAAUAAAUACCGCCUUCGAAAAUAUUUUAGACCAUAACAACAUAACCGAUUCAGAAUUAACACAAAUUUCUGAUCGGAUUAAAAAUAACGCAGUAAACGAAUACGAAGUAGAUUAUAUAACUAAAAUUUUAUCAGCAGCCGUUUACACUUCCGGCGAAUCAGCGAUUCUUGAAACGAUCGAUAAUGUUUUAAAUGUCGAUGAUAAAGUGUUAAAUGCUUCGAAAUCUUUUGGUAUUACCGAAAAAAUUUUUGAUAACGUUGAUACGCUAGUUCGAAGAUUGGUGAAAAAUCAAUCGGAAGCAUCUAUCAAUCAUAAAAAUAUUGGAGUUAUCGUUCAGAAAGUUUUCCCGUCAACAGAAAUAGACGACAAAAAUAAAACAGAAGUUGAAGUUACAGUAAAAGAUGAUGAUGUAAAAACCACAUUAGUUCAAGUUAAAUUAUCGAAUAAAUUUUUAACGUCAUUUGAUUUAUCUCAAAAGGAUCAAGAGGAAAUAAUGAUUUCAGUCGAAACUUAUAACUCGAAGAUUUUCAGCAACGAAGCAAACCUGCACCAAAUAGAAGUAGAUGUUACUUUGCAUCCAAAAAUUAUAUUUCGAAAUAGAUUUAAAGAACCUUUAAGUAUAUUUUUUACAACCAAUAAACAAAACGUUUCUUGUGUAUUUUGGGACGAGGUUACCAAUAAUUGGUUAACGACCGAUGUAAACACAAAAAUUAUUAAUUCAACUACAGUAGAGUGCCAAACAUAUCAUUUAACUAGAUUCGGCUUAAUUAUUGAUGAGAAGUUUAUAAAUGUCAGUAAGGUUCAUGAAAUAAUUUCCACAAUUGAAACUGUUUUAUCUUUUAUUUGCGUUGUUAUUAUUUUAUUUCUAGCAACGUUUUUUAGAAAAUUUGCCGUUGAACGACCAAGAACUGUACAUCUAUCAUUUAUAAUUUUGUUAGAAAAUAUAUUAAUUUUGGUUGAGGAAUAUGUUCCAGAAAUUAAACACAAUUUAAAUUGUAAACUUAUAGGAAUAUUUAUACAUUACAUUGUAUUGGUGAAAUUUACUUUAACACUAAUGAUAACAAAAGCCCAACUAAAUAACUUUGUGUAUUUCAUCGGAUUGAAAAGAGCAGACAAAUGCUUUACACUACAAGAAACCUUUACCGUUUGGGUUUUACCAGCAUUUUUUAUCUCCAUUGGAGUGGUUGUAUCUCACGAUAAAUAUAAGCUCGGAAGGAAUAACUUUUGUUAUCCUAAAGAAGAAUUAUUUUAUUACUUUGUUGUAGUUCCCAUCGGAAUAAUAGUUUUGUUAAAUUUCAUUGCGCUUCUAUUGAUUUGCGCCAACCUCACAUGUAGAAAAACCAAAACCGAAAAAGACUUAAUUAAUCAGUUACGUCUAUGUAUUAUGUUAAUAUUUAUGUUAGAUAUAGUCUGGUUAUUAGGUGUUUUGGCCAAUAUUAUUAAUGAAGGAAUAUUACACGAUAUUCUUAAAUAUUGUCAUUUCUUUAUAGCCCCUUUACAAGGUGUAUUAGUUUUUAUUUUUACAGUUAAUUCUUUUUUUAAUUGUGGGCAAAACAAUAAUUCUUUUCAAAUGUUUGGUAUGAAAAACAACUAAUUCUUUUUAAAGAUAAUUUUGUUGAUUGUUUAAAAAAUAGAAUAUAGAUUAAGUUUUUAAAUAUAGUAAAACCUCGAUAUAACGGACCUCGUUAAAACAGACUUAAACCUGAUUUAAUCCCGAUUAUUUCUAGUUCUAGGUCUAGUGUUAGUUCUAGUGCUAGCGUUAGCUCUAUAUAGUUGUAGUUGU